GAAAAAGGGCCACUAUCCUAAUCAUAAAGUAAUAGGGGAGUUAAACCCAAUUUUAGCAGAAUGUCUCAAGGAUGAAAGAGUAUUAACAAAUAAUGAAUCUAAGUCAGUACCAUUAUCAGCUUGGGAGAGUCUCAAGCUCGAAAAAAUCACGACAUGA